AUGCCGACGACAACGAGCAAGACGGCAGCCCCUGCGACGGAAGCAGCCGCUACGUCAGACGAAACUGUCGACACAAGAUGCAGCCGCAAGUUCAGGUCCGCCACGACCGCUUGUUGUGCUACGAAUAAAAGCCACGUCCGUACUGUCUUUAGUGACAGCGAUAGUGAUAGUGACGUCAAGCUGGAGGAGAUACUGAGUGCGGUGACCUCGACAUCCAAACCGAGUGCCUCGAAGAAGCUCCUUGAGUCCAGUAUCCAGACGUCGCCACGAAACGGGGCAACAAAACGCAGUCACGCUGUUGCUGAAUUCUUGACGCCUGAAAAUGGACCACAGCGAGCGUCAAAGCGUCGUACAAUGUCAGGAGCUUCUCCAGACUUUGGUACGCCUUCUGCCAGCCAGUCGGACGGACUGAAGCCGUUUAUGCCGUCGUCGUCACUCGAGUCGUCCAUGAAUGCGUCGCUGGUGUUCGAUAUGGUCACGUCCCUUAGCACAAAUGACCCUGGAGUGGCUAUUGCUACACUCCGGAGUAUCGUGGUACUCGGCAAGGAGUAUCCUUCAGAUUUGCUCUACACUGAGCUGAUUGAUCGCAUUCAGAGCCACGAAGCUGUUGCGUAUAACGAUGCGGUUGCAAUCUAUGCGGCGCUGGUGUUUGUCUUCGAUAAAGCGUCGGCAUGUCGUUGUGCCGUGACGUUUCCGAACCAAUGGGAGCCCUUGGCGACGGCACUCCAGGAGGUUAGCGGAAAUGGGCGAGUCAGAGAAGACGGGAAGCCCAAGAAAGACGAGAGUUGGCGUCGCAAUCUGUUGGUAGUGCAGUUUUACAUUUACUGCUUUCAACAGGAUAUGCAUGCGUGUCGCUCGCGGUACACGCGUGUGGAAGGGAUAAAUUGGGUGCACCGCACGCGCUUGUUUCUCUUGUUGCAAGGCGAUAGCGUAACGGCGUCGAGCUCAGCGAAGGCAUGUGCGAAAUCACGAGCCAAGUCUGUCAAACAGCGCAACAAUAAGCUUAUUUUUCUUGCUAUCGGAUGGGGGCUGCAGCUCUGGAAACGCGUGUAUGACGAAGACGUCAGAGCAAGUAAGAACGACGAUGACGACGAGGAUGGAGUAAAGAACUUGUUUCUUCAACAUGAAGGCGAGCAAGCCUGCCUAGCAGUUGUUCGUCUGAUUGAAAUGUUGUACCUUUGCACAGACCAGCAAGUGAACGCCCUUCAGCGUAUUCUGGCCGGUCUGGCUGAGUUCAAGCGUCCGACCCGCAUCAAAUUCUCGCAAGCUCUCCAGUCCCCUGCAUUGCGGACGCAACUGGCAACUACCAUGAUUGGGCUGUCCAACAAGUCACGAUGCAAAGAAUUGGAGUGGUACGAGUGCAAUGCUCUCGGACGUGUCCAGCUUGCCAUGAAUUCAGAUACUACCAGCGAUGUCGCGCACACAGAUGGAUACUCGUGGUCUCACUUUGAUAGUUUCAUUAAUUUGAAGCCGCAAACCAACUUGACGAAGCUACUACAAGAGAUCUCACGCACGCAACACCACUAA